AUGGAGCUUGGCUUGAGCUUAGGAGACCCUUCAAAGCCCCUUGAAGCUCCCAACCAAUUGGGGUUAGGCUUCAACACCAACUUAUCAAUUGGUCCACUUUUUACCAAACUAAAAGAUCAACAUCAAGAAGAAGAAGAAGAAGAAGAAGAAAGAGCAAAGCAAAAGCAUAAACACAAUAGUCAAAGCCACAGCACUACUGAAGAAGAACAUGAAGAAGCUACAACUGAAUCCCUUGUUAGUCCUUCUCUCAAACCCAAUACUAACACAAUUGUUCAGCUUGAUCUUCUUCCUCAUACACCUGCCGCUCCUCGUAUCAACCCACCUUCCACCUUCUCCUUCCCAUGGGAUCCUCUUUGGGAAAACGCUGGGAGUGGUUGUUCAAUGGGGUUGGACAUGAACUGGGUGCCGAUGGCCGCGACGGUGACGGCGGAAGAUGAGGCAGAGCUGUCAUCUUCCCCAAACAGUGCUGCUUCAUCGUUUCACAUGGAUCUCUGCAUAUUCAGGAGAAGAAGUGUAAGUGGAGAAUGUUAUGAUCAAACCAAAAGGGUUUACUGCAGAGGAAGUGAUGAAGAUGAGAACGGUGGCAGUGGCAGUACCACUAAGAAACUUAGGCUCUCUAAGGAACAAUCUGCUUUCCUUGAAGAGAGCUUCAAAGAGCACAACACUCUUAACCCUAAACAAAAGGUUGCUCUCGCCAAACAACUCCAUCUUCGCCCUCGCCAAGUAGAAGUAUGGUUUCAAAACAGAAGAGCAAGGACCAAGUUGAAGCAGACAGAGGUGGACUGUGAGUAUUUGAAGAGGUGCUGUGACACACUUAAAGAAGAGAAUAAAAGGCUUCAGAAGGAGCUUCAAGAGUUGAGGGCUUUGAAGACUAAUUCAAACCCAUUCUAUAUGCAAUUACCAGCCACAACCUUGACUAUGUGCCCAUCCUGUGAGCGUGUUGCUCCCAAUUCCACCUCCAAUACUACUCCUUCUGUUUCACUCACUGCCAAAGCCAUUCAAUUUCCAAUUGGUGAUAAUAAACCUUGGAAGAAAUUAAUUUGA